GCCCUAGUCGUUGUUGUCCCGUCGGUCAGCCAUCAUGAUGAUGUUCAUGACGAAGGUUCAAGUUUUUUUUUCUUCUCGCUUCUCCUUGAUACCAGGCAGCCUUCUUGAGUGUAGAGAGUUUUAGCUGCUGCUGGCUGAUGGUUAUUGAUGUUGCGAAAAAAGACGGAUUUGCAGUGACGAAAAACUACAGAACACGGUUUUACGGGGGAAGCUCUGCGCGGAAUUGAACUGUACAGUGGCCAAAUUCCUGGUGGCUUCCGAGUGAUGUGUAGCGUAUUGGCUGCUUCGCCUCGUUUCUUAUCGGUGGCAUUCAGUGGAAGUUUAGGAUUUUCUUCACCUGUCUUGCUAUUUUGCACUGUAUAAGCCAUUGUGUGUGUGAAGCAGUAUUGUGUGGGGCUGAAGCAGCAGAAACAAGAGGUGGCGGACGGGAGCGCGAGUAGGUGGUUCCAUUCGCAUCGGGAGAGAGGGAAGUGAAGUGAAGAAAACGCGAUUAUAGGUGGUAGAAUUUUUCCCUUUUUACAUGCCAACAAACGGAGAAUUGUCGCGAAGUUUUAGUGAGACGGAAUUUGUGUUUUGCGCGAUCGAAAAUGUAAUGAAAAUCGCAGCAAAAUUUUGAAUGUUUUAGGCCCAGGGCAUUGGGAAAGAGAGAUAACCGAAGGCUACAACAGUCAUAGUAGCCUGUGCGAGAAGAAACACGACCACUACGAUUAGUGUAGAGCGAAAAAAAGGCAGUAAAAAUCACGAAUAUAAACCAUCCGAGUGGGCAGGGGUCGUAUGGCCGUGGAAGCAACAGCAGAAGAUUGAUGUGUGGAAAUUAUUGAAGGAAGCAGCUGUGAUCGGUUCCGCAACAUUGCGAAUGAAGCUACGGGUGUAAUUUAAUUUAUCAACAUACGCGAGCGAGAGGGAGAUCCUUUCGCAGGAAGGAAUCCGAGGGAACGGGGACGACCGCAGCGCAGCAAAACAAAACGAUGCCGAAAUGUGAUGUCAAGACCAGAUAUAUUCCAGCGACCUUCGCCUGGACGCUUCUGUUGGGCACAACGUUCCUAUUUUUUUACUAUCCAUGUCGUCAGUUCUACGUGCAGCGACACCCAUGGGUUCCGGCGUAUCAGGCCGUCAUCACGUUCUUCGUCAUUGCCAACUUCACGCUGGCCACCUUCAUGGAUCCCGGCGUCAUACCGAAAGCCCCACCUGACGAAGAUCGCGAGGAUGAGUUCCGGGCGCCGCUGUACAAGAACGCCGAAAUCAACGGCAUAACGGUGCGGAUGAAAUGGUGCGUCACGUGCAAAUUUUACCGGCCACCGCGCUGUUCCCACUGCUCCGUUUGCAAUCACUGCAUCGAGACAUUCGAUCACCACUGCCCGUGGGUGAAUAAUUGCAUCGGGCGGAGAAAUUAUCGCUUCUUUUUCUUCUUCCUGAUCUCGCUGUCGAUCCAUAUGCUGAGCAUAUUCUCGCUUUCGCUGAUUUACGUACUGCAAAAGGAGAAGGACAAGCUAACGGAGCUUGAACCGAUUGUGGCGAUGGUGCUGAUGGCGAUUGUUACGCUGUUGGCGAUUCCGAUAUUUGGGCUGACGGGAUUCCACAUGGUGCUCGUGUCCCGAGGGCGAACCACAAACGAGCAGGUCACUGGGAAGUUCAAGGGUGGCUACAAUCCGUUCUCGCGAGGCUGCUGGAAUAACUGCUGCUACACCCAGUGUGGUCCACAGUAUCCGAGUUUGCUGAAGCCGCAGAAGUACGUUGCCCGCCGCUCGAACAAAGAAAACCAAUCGAUCAGUACGAUCACGAACGACGGGGGUCCGGGUGGUGGCGGCGGUGGCAAUUCCAGCCGGCAUCUCAACUCCCAGCAGCAGGCCCUGAAUGCGGGCGGUGCCGGAGCAGGCGGCAGCCAGGGCAUCUACGAUAACAAUCGCCACACACAGGUAAAAACCUAUAUGGAUCAUGGCAAUGGUCACGGUAUUCGUACGGUUGGAUCCAGUCAUUACAGUAAGCUAUCCCCGGGUCGAGAGUGCUCGGAUAUCGACAUGGAACCGCAGGCAUCGCAGAGUCGGGAUUGUGAGCCGACACCACCGCUGCAGCGGCACGGUUCGAAGAGUAACUUUUUUCUACCGCCAAUUGAUGGUAACGGAGGAUUGAACCUGAACGGUGGCCAAGGUGGCCAAGGGGGCAAUGGAGGCGGUGAUUCACCGCGACACAUACGAAUGUAUCAUCCGCGCCACAGUCCACAUCCUCGCCAGCGAGGACUGGAUCCCUCGCGAAGUUUCACACCGGAGGGACUCUCGCCGGAUCAACCGCCGCCGAUGAUAACGAUUCAGCAGCAGCAGCAACAGCUGCAACAACAACAACAAACCCAGCAAGGUAUACCACGUGGAGGAACGUCUGCGACACCCACAAUGCAGCAAAGGAUUAAAGCACUCGGCGUAGCGACACCAUUAGCAAUGUCUAGUCCCGUUAGAAGGUCAAACCCAGGCACCCCCACCCAACCGCGACGGCCGGAUUUCAUUGGGGUGAACAUGACCAGUCAGCAGCAACACCAACAGCAGCAGCAGCCAGGUGUAACUUAUUACGAUUUUCCCCUCCAACAACAACAGCAGCAGCAGCAGCAGCAACAACAACAAGCUCAACUCCAUCAAACGGGUCUUCCCCCAAUGCAUCCCUACCAUCAGCAGCAACCAAUGUCUCAGCAGCAGCAGUAUCCGAUGGUUCAUCACAAUGGUGGAUUACCUCAACAGCAACAGCGACCGCCGAACGUGGUCUAUCAUCACGGUAGUCCCCAGAGGCGCUAUCUGUCCGAGGGUGAGUUGGCUCGCCAGGGUGCUGAGCUGUCGUAUGCUAGAAGUAACCAAACAGUGGAUAAUAUCCGCGAACUGGCCGGAAGUCCCCAGCGAGGGGUGUACAUGUGGAAGGACACAUCGCCCGGUUUCAGCAAUGGGAACGGAGGAGGUAAUAAUCAACCCCAGCAGCUUCUCGGCAAUCAGCAGCAGCAGCAGCAGCAGCAGCAGCAGCAGCAGCAGUCACAAUCCCCGGGAGUCUUCGUGAGUAUGUCCCAGUCAGUGUAUCAAAACACGCCCAGUCCAACUGCCCCUCAGCAGUAUGGUGGCGUCAGUGCGGCCCGAUAUCAGCUGCAGCAGCAACAGCAGCAAGCCACCAUGAACAGCUACCACCCGGCGCUGCGGGGUGGUGUUCCGGUGUUCCCUCCACAACCUCUUCCCCCGACUGGCGGCGGCACGGUGACAGCCGGCCAGCAGCCCGCACAAUCCGCCAAUGGACCUCAGGUUCCCUCACCUCAAAUCAAACGCAAAGCCCCUCCCACCAGGCCAAUGUCCUUCGUGAGGGCACUGGAGAUGACCGAUUCGAUGGAGAUGAACGCAACCGAGGGCAGCAGUAGUAUGGUCGGUGGUGGCAGUGGCGGCCAACCUGGAAGCCAAUCCGGGGGCGGCCGUGCAACCACACCGACACCACCCGAUCGAGCCAGUGUGUACGAUAUGAAUUACGAGAUUUCCGUAUAAUAGUGGUGAGCAUGAUGUGGACCGGUGGUUUAGGUUCAGGUGGUAAGCGCUAGAAGAGAAGAAAGAGGAGGAGGCAUACUGUCACUUGUUAGUAGGGUCGCUUGUUUUGUUGAUUUUUUUAAGUUUAUUUCUAUAUACCACUAUUCUUCCUUUCACACGCCCCCUGUGUCGUGUUGUCAACACAUUCGAUCGUGAGAUUGCAAAGAUUUCUAGCAAAGAGAGAGAGAGAGUGUAAGUUUAGUUAGUAAUAGUUAAUAUGUGUGUGUGCGUGUUAUUUUAUUACCGAAUCGUGGCAAAAAUUUGCGUCCAAUUUACACCUUUCUGGAGACGGAUGUUUUUUUUCUUUAUUUAUUUUGGGAUGUAUCGAUGACGUUUUAUCGGAGAAUUAUGUGCACAAUCCGGUGGUCAGAAAACGGUUCGAUAUGUUUAGUCAUUUCGAAAAAUGUAUUGGGGGUGUUAAUAUGACUUCGUCUCUCGCGAACAUAACCAACGUUCUUCCAUAUUCAGAGUACGAGUGGAGGUAAGAAAAAGUUAUUUUACUGCGUGAUAACGCUCGGUCUCUCGUUUCCAAACCCGUUUAAACCUGCUUGAUUAAAUUCAAAUGGGAAGUUUUACCCCAUAGCCUCAGCUUCACUCGACGGCGCUGCAUAUACCGUAACGGUGUUUGAGCUCUGCCAGAGAGAUGGGAAAAAGCUCGAGAAUAAUUUUGUUUCGCUUCAAAUCCUGGUAUUGAAUAACGAACUCCAAGGGUAUCUCUAUUUGGUUAUUAUGACUCAGCACACGUACAUUGAAUGGCAAAGUAGUCUCGGACGAAAUACCAACCUAAUCGAAAUGCAGUCUUUCGCCUGCACAGUUAUCCGUAAUCAAUCCUCGUCUAAUCCCCAUCACAAAAACGGGGCCACUUCUUAAUCGACGAAAUCAUGGUCGAAGUUGUUAUAACCUAGCAAACAAUUCACCCGUAAAUUUGGCGGCCACUAAAGAGAACACGGUAAUUUGGCAUUCAAAAUGGCUUUAGUGUUUUUAAAAUUAUUUUUCAUGAUUUUCAAUACAAUUCUGCAUUUAUUAUAGCAUCCAUGUCACUCUGAAAGCGGUGCCACCAAAAAUGGACUGAAGGAAGCUUAUAACAUUUGUAUUAAAAAAAUGGACUUUUUUUCGGAUGGUGAUAAAAAUAACUAAGACAGAUAAUUGAGUUUCAAAAAUUUCCCAUGGAAGGUAAUUAUAUUAGUUUAUUUGCGGAAAAAAAUUCAACGCCCUUACGAGCGGCCUUCCGGUAGUUAACCGAAACAUUCGCCAUGGCGGACGAAAACAUGCGUGUAGGCAUGUUUUUGAGUUCUUUCUUCGUUUUAUUAAUCAAUUCCUUCUCAGUUUUCGCGACAAAAUUGUUGGAGUAGAUCUUACGCUGCAGAAAUUCUCAAUGAGACGCAGAUGGGGGACGUUGGGUGGGUUCGCCGACUUGGGUACCACAUCGAUAUUCAGCCGCUCCAUCUCCUCUAACGAUCGCUUCGAGUAGUGGGCCGACGCCAAAUCCGGGCAGAACACCGCGUCUUCGCCCUUAUGGUAUUUCUUGACGCAACUUUCCGGUAGGUACUUCGUACUAUAAAUUUCCCCGUUUACGACCAGUCCGGAGCUAAAGUCGCUGAUUGUCAGCCAUAGCAGCACCUUCUUGGGGAACUUGGUGUGUGAACUAAACUACACUUCGGAGCACACUUCCUUCGUGGGGGAAGUAAAGUACGAAGUGCCCUGCCAUGUGCUUGCCAUCAAGGGUGAGAUAGGUCAUCACCUCCGCCCCGUCGCGAUUCGCCGGGAAAAUCGACUUGAUCAUCUUGUUCAGCCGCUGCCGCUGCGUCAUUGCCUGCAGCUCCGAGACCAGUGGACGGAACAUGUUUGGCCGGUUGCACCGACCUCCCAGUCAAGCGCACGCAGCGAUGUAGCCACUUUUCUCUCGAUCUUCCUCUUCAGCAUCCUUUUGAGCUUCUUGUCGCUCAGGGACGUCGGCCGUCCGGAACCGGGCUUUCUUUCGAUGCUCUGAUUGUUGUCCAAUAUUGCCAAGAAGUUGUAGAUGUUGCAUACAAAGUGCCGCACGAUGUCCGUUUUCGACACGGCGGGGUACCGUUCUUUGAACGCGCGCACUUCUGAACGGAGUAGCAUCACUGUUUUCGCCAUCUCGGUUAAAGUUCCAAUGAUAGAGCUUUCUUUUUUUUACUGCUGACUCAUGGGUUACUAUGAUUGAUGCUGCAUGGGUAGUUUCGUCAGUGCGUGUGAAGUAAACCCAUGAAAAAUCGGCAAUUUUUGUUCAUUUUUUUAAUGCAAAUGUUACCGGAGGCCCGAUCACACUGUAGUUAACACGGUACUCUCCUAAACACCACACGGGAUUUAAUGGUACCCUUGCUACUAGCCACAUCUUCGUGGUUCGACAGGAAUCGAAUCUCGAUGGGGUUUACGAUAAGGUGAUGGGCCUUCGUGCUUGUUUUUCAAUAUCGCUCAGGAUGUUCGUUUAGCGUUUUUAGCUUCGCCGAUGACAUUGGCAUAGUUGCACGAAUUUUCGACUGAAUGACGAAUACGUUCGUCACACUGAAAGCUAAAGCCCGACGGAUGGGUCUUGUUUUUAACACGUCGAAAACUAAACACAUGAGAAGAAGAAAGAUGCUUCAGAGAAAAAAUGCAAUCCAAACGAGUCGAUGAGUUACUGCCGACAAUGACAACAGUUGAGAAAGAUCAGAUCGAAUAAAGUUCGCAGUCGUACAAAACUGGCCACCUACGAACAAUUAUUAGACCGAGGACUAUCGGCCACGAGACCUGGAACAUGCUCGCGGAGGACCAAUGCGCUCUUGCGGUUGUAACGUGAGGUGUUGCUUAUCACUUACGAUGGAGUGAAGAUGGAGGAUAGGACGCUGAGAAGACGAAAGAACCACGAAUUGCAAAUGCCACUGGAAGAACCAGCCAUUUUCCGGUCUGUAAAAAUCGGGUUAUUAUGACUGGGCUGGGCAUCGGAAGAUAGUCGGUGGAAAUGAUUCUCAACUAUAGUUGUCGAGGCGCACCCAUGAGCCCAGGAGAUUGGAGACGAUUCUAUCGUACAAUACAGGAAACAAGUCAGCUUAUUCUUGGAGUUCAUCGUUCAAUCUGAGGCCGUUGUUUAUUUAACAUCGACGAAUGAUGUUGUUACAGAUUCUAUGAACAACUUGGGAGAGAGCAGUGGAGGCCGAAUAUGAAACAUCUGAAUGAAACCUUGUAAAGAUCGGGAUUCGCAGCGAAACCAUGAAAUGGCAAGGAGAAGAUCAUGUCCAACGAAAGGCGCUUUGUGUGUGUGCGUGUGCAGAGCCCAAAAAUUGACACUAUCGAGUUCAAGUAGAAACAGUUCCGGUAGAUCGAGAAGUGACGUUAAUGAUUUAUCGCCAGGAAGGCAGGAACAGUAAAAUGAAGUCGCACGUUAUAUGGAUCCUUUACUCGGGCUGUCCCAUAUGGUAAAUGACAAAUGUUAUUUCUACGAAUUUUGGGUAGCUAUUGAACAUGCAAAAAGAGUUUAAGUUCAGUCAAUUUAUCAGCUUCUCCGAAGACGUGGAUAUAAUCGGAAAAACAAAUGCGGCGGUAGCGGACUUGUAUACUCAAAGCAGACUGAUUGGGCUUGAGAUUAAUGCGUCUACGACUAAAUACAUAUUAGCUGGAUAGGCUGACCGUACCUGCGUAAUCCUCUUGGCAGAAGUCUCGAAUCUACAGCGAUAAGCUCGAGUUGGUCGACGAGUUUGUCUAUCUUGGCCCGUUGAUAACCAUAGUUAGCGGAAGUUGUGCUUAUUGUGAAAUCCCUAAGGUCCAAUCAACUCCGACUCCGUAGGAAGUGUAUCAUGUUCAAAUCUCUGAUACAAUCGAUAGUCCUCUACGGACACAAUGCUUGAAGAGGACUCGCAAGCACUUGGUGUUUUCGAACGCCAAGUGAGGGAAGGACAGGGGUGGAGAAUUGCUUCUAGGACCGGGUUUAUUGGCGAAACAUUGUGAAGAAAUUUAAUCUGCGUGUGGGAUGUACUAUCAUUGUAAAUAAAUAAAUAGCCAUUCGUUACAGAGUUGUUCCGUACUUCACGUUAAUCGUGAAUAUCCACAAACGAUCGAAAAAGUUAUUUGUAGCUUAAGUUUCAACCGUAUUCCACCCACUCAUUCGAUAAGUGACAUCAAAGUACUCUCGUAAACAGGUUUUACGGAGUCAUAUUGACACACCCGAUGCAAGAAAAUGACACUUUUAACACUCAGAUAUUUUGAAAAUGCGAGCCAAAUCCAAUUCAUUUGUUGAUUCUCGUUAAAAAUACGGAAAAUAUGCACUGGCCAGAAACAUUGUGCGCGAACGCGAUUUCCAAAUUCCAAAUGCACAUAAUUCGACAGCUGGGGUUACAUUUUGAGAACAUCUCCCAAAUAGUUAAUUGUAGAUAGCUCAGGUCCCUGUGUUGUACCACACACUAGUAACAAACCCCUGUGUUGUGGGGGGAACGACACGCAUUUGUUACAUAAAUAUAUACAUACAUAUACGUACAUGUGCUCGUUAAGUAGGAGAAGAAGGAGUGAAAGAAAAGCGAUAGGCCACACACACACACUCUAAUAAGAUAGUGCUGCUAAGCUAAACAAAUUGAUAAUUUCUCGAUGGAUGAGAUACAGAAAUAUUCUUUACACAAAACAUUACACCAUUGUAAAUAGAAACUUCCUCUUUGAACGAAACAAAAAAACUCACACUCAUACAUACACAAAUACAAAUCACAUUAUAAUCUUAGAAUCAAAAAUUGCAUAUAAAUCUAUGUGCUACGUGGAGGAGAAUGAAUGCUUUUAUGGUAAAAUAAAGCAACUGCUAGGUUAAAACAUGAGAUUUAUGUUAUUAACAAACUUCUUUUUCUUAGUUUGAUUUAAGGGUCAUAUGAAGACGGUCGCAAAACACGGGGAUAAGGGUGCGCUUGCGCACCAUGUUAUUGAACAUUUUAGAAGAAAUUCCAAAGCUAGACUCCGAAUGCCGCGUUGGGCGUCGCAUCGUUUUGAAAAUUUAUGUUUGCAGAUGCGUGUUCCUGUCAUUUGCGUCGUUGUAAUAGAUGACAAACAUUUAUUUUUAAGAGCCCCUGCAGACUUUCGAUCUAACGAUCGGUGUAAUGUGCGCAUAUGCACUCACGAAUUCGUCAUUUAAGCUGGUUUAUGUUGUCAAACUGCUUGGCGUUUUCAUAAACUCGACGUGCAAUUACAGACCACAGGUUCUCAAUCGGAUUCAGAACCGGGGAAUAGGUUGGUCACCCGAAAACUUCUAUGUUUCCUCGGAAGGAAAAGCCCCCCCCCAGCAAAUCAAUGUACCACCACCAAAGUUCAUUGCGCAAAUCGUGCCAAUAGUACUACCAGCCGUCUGGUUCAUCAAGUUUGAACUUGUUUUCAUCCGCAAACAUGGGUGGGUUAUAUCUAUGAUAUAACCGCAAGGUUGACGGGGGACUAUCGUUGUGUUAGUGAGCAUUUGUAUUGAAUUGAUUAAAUUAUCGAUUGAAUGAAAUUUUUUUCGAAUUCAAUUGAAUUCAUCAUAUUUUCUUUGUAAGUAAAAAGUUUGAACAGUUGCCAUGUAAGAUCAAUUCGUGCAUUGUAAUAGAUAAUGUUCUUCGUUACAAGUAAAUCUUUUAAUCGUCCUUUUACAUUUGAUAUGCUGCCUAGGAAUACCAAAAUAUGUGAACGGAACAAUUGUCAAACGGUUUUACAUUUCCCUCUGAAAUUAUUGCAUUUCUCAUGUAUACGUAGUUCUCGAAUCGCGAAAGUUCAUUUACUUCUAGUAUUUGAAAUGACGAUUUUCUCAAGCUUCUCAGUUUAGAAGUACGUUUUAGAGAAACAUAUUACGGUAUGCACAAAGACAAGCGAGCACAAAAGUACUCGCAGCUAGCAUAUAUUUACAAUGCGGAUUCCCCUAGGCAUCUUUGUUUUAAAAUCUGUCUUAGGGAAACACAUUUCGGUGUGAACAAAAAUACCCCCGACUUGCAUGUAUAUGAAAAGCGGAUUCCCCAAGGUACAUUGAUUUUGAAGUCCGUGUUAGGGAAUCAGCUCGGAGGGAACAAAAGUACCCCCUAUGUAUAUUCGCCAAAGCGGAUUCCCCCAGGUACAUUGAUGUUAGAGAAACACAUUUUUGUGUGAACAAAAAUACCCCCAAUUUGCAUGUAUUUGCAAAGCGGAUUUCCUCAGGCACAAUGAUUUUAAAGUCAGUGUUAGGAAAACACAUUUUGGUGUGAACAAAAAUAGACCCAACUUGCAUGUAUUUGAAAAGCGGAUUCCCCCAGGCACAUUGAUUUUGAAGUCCGUGUUAGGGAAACACCGCUCGGAAGAAACAAAACAUAUCUCCUACUUGCAUGUAUGUUUGCCAAAGCGGAUUCCCACAGGUACAUUGAUUUUAAAGUCUAUGUUGGGGAAACCGUAAAUUGGGUCAUUCAAAACUUGGUAGUUGGAUGCUUUACAUUUUACAGUUAUUCAAUUGUUUAUCUCAUGAAAGACAACAUUUUAUUAAUUGUGAUAGACGCGUAGAAAUAUUCCCUAUCAAUUGAUGCAAACAUCUUUCCGAUCUAUUAAGAAAUGUUCAAGUUAUAAGUAUUCGGAAUCUUUCAUUUUUUCCAGCAUUGCUUGAGAGAAUUUGUUGUACGCAAGGUGUAGUGACCGGAAGUUCCAAUUCUGCGAGAAUUUGAUUUGUUGUUCUUUUCUGGUUCACGGUAAUUUUACGAAUUCUCCGUUUAUCCUUUGGCGAGAGCUUGCUUUUCUUUUCAUGUCUCUCGAUGCGGUUGAGUUUAUCAUCAUUUUCAGGUAGCUUCCAACAGUCGUAUGUGCUCAAUGAAUUCUCCGCCAAAUUAUGCUGUUAGAGAGGUCCGCAUCCCGACAGGCUUUGAUUUUAUUUUUUUUCCUCGAACGUAAGUUGCUUUGAUCGACCCAUACUGACUAAAUCGCACGGGAAAAAUUCGAUUUCACUCUCAAGUGAACAUACUUUGACUCAAAUUCUCUUGUUGUGAAAACCAAAACAAAAGGCUGUCAAAUGAGUGCCAAGGUGAUUUUUUCAAGGUGGCUCUAUUUUUAUUUCACACUUGUUUUUUAUGAUAUAUGAAAUUAAAAUGUUUGUGUUUCACAAAAUAAUCCCCAUAAUGGUUCAAAAAGUUGUGAAAAUCUAAACAAAAACUAGAAUCGUAACAUGGAAUAUUGUUUUAGAAAUUUAGAAAAAAAUACGUCAAAAGCCAGCGGGGGCUCUAAGAGGAAUCGCUGAAAGCCGAUCAGUCAGGCAUUAUAACAUAAACUACGCGACGCAAAGGCGGGAUUCUUAAUCCAGCUUUACCGUUCGUCGGGUAAAGUCGAGUCGGGUAGCUAACAUUAUAUGGGGCAAAAAUUAAAAUCGCAUUAGAUCGGAACAAAAUCUAGCGUUUUUUGACCGAAUGUGUGGCAUUGCUCAACAUUAUUGUGCGUUUAAUUCACUUCCCACGCUAUAAAGGUCAAGAAUCGAUCUCGACACAUGAUUACGGAAAAAAACUAUGUUAGCUCGUUGUUUAAGUUUGUUCAGAACCGAUUCAGGGCGAUAUACCCGAAAAUAGGAGUUGAAUAUUUUCCUAAGAUUCUGCGAAUCGUUCAUCAAAUUAUGGGAAAAUAAAUCAUGAAUGAAUGCGCGUGAAUGGAAGAUUCACACAGACCCAGACCCAGCUUAGACAAGUAACAUAGUUAAAUAUUACGGCUGCGAAAUAAUAUCCAGACUACUCGGUUAUGGAAACAGGCUUCGUGGAGACUGACUACACUUCCUUCGGUUCCUCGAAUUUGGAUACUCAAGCUUUUAGCUGUGUAUACGUUUUGAACGAAAAAAUCAAUCCCUAGAGACACUCGAAAAACAUCACUCAUUUUCUCGAAUAAAAUUUUGUGCACUUUUAGAUCAAUAGCCACUUCCCGCGUCUUGACUGGUCGAAAAGAAGACCUCCGUAACCCCACCUUAAACCUUAAACGCAACGUAGUGGCGGUUUUGUUCCUCUCCAAAAUGCCACCAAACGAAACAACGUAUAUAUAACUGCAAAUCAUCUCAUUAGGUAGAAAAAGGGGUCAUUCCAAUGGAAUAUACUUACCACAUGAAAGCUGGGAGCGUGGAAACGCGUCGUUGUCGACGUCCAGCUUUGGAAACUGGAAAAUUUGAUAGGGAGUAGAUAACAUGAAAAACAAAGUAAAAAAAAAACCUAGUGGAUGAUAAAUCCGCUCGCAUGCGAGUGAUUUUUCUGAGAAAUGAGUUGAAAUGAAACACAAAAAACAAAAACCAAUAUUGUAUUUACAGGAAAAGCAGCACGAGCAAACUGCCGAUGCAAAGAGGGGGAAAUUAUUAUCGAUAGAACAUUUUUGAAAAACAAGAGAUGAAAAGAAAUUUGAUGAUGUCAAAAAUUAUAUAAAUAUACAACAAAGUGAACAAAAAAAUUAUAUAUAUAUAUAU